AUGAACUUUCAUCAUUUAACAUCUACGACGCACCGUCCACAAACCAAAUCUUCAAACUUCAACGAAGACGCACACUGUGAUAACGAAGUCAAUUUAAUCUUAGAAAAAAAUUAUACUCAGCAUCUUAUUGAACAGUCAAUAUUCAAAGAACAACAACAACAACAACAACCACAACCACAACAGAGUAUCGUCGUGAAUCAAACAGAUCAAUACUAUUUUGUGCCAAUUCGAGAGUUAAAUACAACAAUGACUUUACCUUCUAACAACAACAAUAAUGCUAAUAUAAUUGAUAGCUCAUCAAUUUUAUUACCUGAUUUGAAUAAUCCGUCCACGCAAAGUCUAUUUGAUUAUUCAUCAUCAACACCAACAAUGAACUCAAUAGAUUUACCAACAGUGAAUAAAUCAAAUAAUAAUUUUAAUUUAAGUGAUGCUGAUCUUGCCGCUCUUUUUGUAUCAACUCUGGUUUCAGCAACAUCAUCAACAACGGCAACUUUAGAUAAUGAGAAUGAACUACCAACGAAUAAUAACAAUGCGUUAGAUGAUGUUUUCUUACAACAAGUUAAUGAACUUGUAUGUUCUUCACAACAAAAAUCCAUGGGACCACCACCGGGCUUCGAAAAUUUUCUUUUCGAUAAUCCAUUACCAUCGGAAACUUCAAGAACAUUAUCAUCAAUUAGUAAUGCUGCUAUUCAAUCACAAGUCUCUUCUUCAGAUACAAUCAAUUUUAGUCAGUUAUUACCAUCGACAAUUGUCGAUACUCAACAGCAACAACCAAUUGGUGGUAAUGUUCAUUCAUCAUUUCAAUCCGAUGAGCAAUCAAUAUUUUUUCCGAUGUCUAAUCAUCAUUACUCAUCAACAUCAUCAAGUCAGAUUUUUCCCACUAAUACACCUUCAUCUACAAACACAACAACAACAACAAAUUCGGCUAACUCUAUUGCCAAACCAUAUACGCCCAAUAGUCUUUCAUUAAAAACGAAAAAUUUCUCAUCAAUUGAUACAAGUAAUAUAAAAAGUCCUAUAUCAACUAAAAUAAACGAUUCUGAUACAAUAACAAGACAUGACGAUACAACACCAAAUCAUAUAUUUGCAUCGCCAAAUUCAUUUUUUAAUAAUGGCCAUAAAGAUUUCGCUUCAACAAAAUUAACAACAGUCAAGUCGUCAUCAAACAAUCGUCAAUCGUCAUCCUCAACUUCAUCCUCGACAUCAUCAUCAAUCGAUGAAGCACUCAUUCAAUUAAGUCAACAACAAAAGCAGCAAUCAAACGUACAAACAGCCAAUAAAUUAUUUUAUGAUGAGUCUUUAUCGAUCUUCAAUUACUCAUCACCACGGAGUACAGCUGCAACACCGCCAACAAUAACAGCGCCGGCGACUUCACAUAUUGCUAAACAACAACGUGCUGUUAAUGACAAUAUUAAUUUUCUAGCAUCGAUGGCUAGUACAGCAACAUCAGAAUCAACUUGGCAACAAGCAAAACUUCAUUCCAAUACAAAAUCAAAACAAAAAAUGCAAUCAACAAUUCUUGAACAACAGCCCAGCUUGUUGCCACAAUCACCAUCAAGAAAUUCUACUACUAAUAUGCAUGAUUUAAUGGAAAAUUUAAAUGAACUUUGUUAUCGAGGUUUUGAUGAACUUAACGCACUUAUACAAGAACAACGAUGGGUAGAAAAUUAUCUUAAUGUAAAUUCACCGUCACCUGCUUCGCCACUGGUAAAUAUCAAUGGUACCAAUUGUUGUUCAGCUCGUAUACUUGUCGUACCCGAAUAUUUUAUAUUUAAAUGUAAAAAGAUUGAAAUUAGUGCAAGUGAUAUUUACGAGUUAUUAUCAGUUGGAAGACCUGAAUUACGUUUGCGAGAUUUAAUGUUUGUUUUUAAAACAUGGAAAGACUCAAUAGUUAAUGCUGAAGUUGUUCAUCAAGAAGAAGAAGCGAAACUACGACUGAGUACUGAACGCCCUCAUUCAUUUUACAUGAAUGAAACAGUUUUACAAGCAGUCUUUGAUCGUGUGUGUUAUGCAAUUCGACAGCUAAGUAAUAUGACACAACAAGUUCGCGCUGCUUUUCAAUAUGCUACAUUAAAUGUGUUUCAAAUUUCAUCUCGACAACAACAACAGCAGCAGCAGCAACAACAAGGCCAACCCUCAUCGAAUACUUCCUUAUCAUCAAAUAUAAUUGCUUUUGCUCAAUUACAAGCAAUGCAACAGCAAAAGUCAUCAUCAGUUCAUCGCGCUGGAGGUUCUUUACGUACAACACCUUAA